CCCCCAAGGUGGGGACGGAGGGCGGACACCCCCACGCUUGGUUCGGCUCCGGGAACUUUCUGGGUGAAUGGAGAGAAGCGGCACUGCGGCCCCAGACCUGGUCUCCACCAGUCAGUCCAAGGUCUGUGUGUCUGAAGGGACGUUCGUCCCAAGCCAGGCGCGCCGGCUACUCUGUCAAAGGUCCCCAGCCCCCACCCCUGGUGCAGGAGGCACCUGCUGGGCAGGUUGGAGCCUGGCUACACCCGGCUGGGCUCUGCUCCUCAAGCCGGCCAAGUCCACCUCAGGCCUCCCUCCUCCUGGCUCAGCCCUGCCUCUCCCCAGAGACCCAAUCCCUGGCUGUCCUGUUUCCCCAAGCCCCUGCCAGUCCUCACAUCUCCUCUACGCUGUGCCAGGAGGCCCUUCUCCUUGGCGACCGUGCACCCCUCUCGCAAGUAAGGCCACACCUUUGGGGAAGUAUUCGCUGGGUUCCCUCGGGACUCUUGGUUGUCCCCCUGCCCCGGCCCUGGCUCAGGACACCCCUCUCGGCAGGAACAAGUUUGGCGGGCUGCCCGGGGUCUGGGCCCGCCUCGGUGCCGCCCUGCUGCUACUGGCCGUUGCCUUCUCCCUGGCCGCGAGGCAGCUCUACACCGGGGGUGACCCGAUGGCAAGCCUGGGCUCAGCAGCCGCCCGGCCCGGCGGGCACCCCCACCACCCCGGCGUGUACCACCACGGUGCCAUCGUCAGCCCUGCAGCCACGUGCUCCCACCUGGGCCGAGAGCUGCUUGCCGCCGGCGGCAACGUCGUGGACGCAGGAGUGGGAGGAGCUUUGUGUCUGGCAGUGGUGCACCCCCAUGCCACAGGUCUAGGUGCCAUGUUCUGGGGUCUCUUCUACAAUAGCACCUCGCGCAGUUCAACUGCCCUGACAUCCGGCCCGGCCCAGACCCUGGGCCCUGGCCUGGGGCUGCCAACCGCUCUGUCCACCCUGCGCUUGCUGCACACGCACUUUGGCCACCUGCCCUGGCCGCGACUGCUGGUGGGCCCUGCCACGCUGGCUCGAGAGGGCUUCCUGGUGGAUACAGCCCUGGCCGCGGCUCUGGCAGCCCGGGGCACAAAGGGCCUCUGUCCGCUACUAUGCCACGCCGAUGGGACGCCCCUGGGCCCCGGGGCCCGAGCCACCAACCCCAAACUGGCAGCUGUCCUGCUCAGAGCAGCCCUUGCCCCCACCCCAGAACUUGCUGGGGACGCCCUGCUGAGCCUGCUGGUCAGAGACCUGGGGCUGCAGGGGCCCUCGUCUGGGCCCACGCCCGCCCUGGAGGCUGCACUGCAGCUAGCCGUGCCGCAGGGCAUCCUGUCCACCACCCCCAGCCCCUCGGCUGGUCCAGAGCUGCUGACAGUGCUGAAGGCAGCCCUGCGCUCCGGAGGGCCCAGCCCCGACCCCUGCCCAGCGCCCCUGCAAGCUCCCGUGACCCCUGUGGGCAGUGUCCUGGCCACCAUAGACAGCAGUGGCUCCGUGCUCCUCCUCGCCUCCUCACUCAACAGCUCCUUUGGCUCUGGACACCUGUCCCCGAGCACUGGGGUGCUACUUAGCAACCUGGUGGCCAAGCCAACGGCCAGUGCCUGGGCCUGCCCUCUCAUCCUCCAUGGCAGUGCGGAUGACACAGAGGCUGAUGUGUUGGGGCUGGUGGCUUCGGGAACCCCGGCAGCAGCCAGAGUCAUGACUCAUGCCUUGCUCAGUCACCUGGCUGUGCCCCAAACCCAGGCCCAGCCCCAGCAUCAGCAGGGACCGACACCAAGCACUAGUGUUUGUGGCCAAGGGAUCCUGCUCCAGGUGGCUGCUCAGGCAGAGCACGCCCACGUCUCCAGUGUCCCCAGUAGCUGCUGCACCUUCCAGGGGUUCUAAGUGGGGGGACGUGUCUAGCAGGGGG